AUGGGAACCGUUUUCUUGCCGAAGAGACCAGCUCCGUUCACGAUUGAAGCUGAACUGGACCGCCUCCAGUCCCUGGACAUCAUCACGCCAGUGGAAUAUUCGCCAUGGGCUGCUCCAAUUGUCGCAGUGAAGAAACCCGGAGGAAAAGUGCGAAUCUGUGCCGACUACUCAACCGGACUCAACGCUGCCUUGGAACCCAACCACUACCCACUGCCGGUCCCAGAUGACAUCAUUAGCAAGCUCAACGGUUGCCGGUAUUUCAGCAUCAUUGACCACAGUGAUGCUUACCUUCAAGUGGAGGUUGACGACGACUCCAAGCAACUUCUCACAAUCAACACGCAUCGAGGUCUCUUUCGCUUCAACCGGCUCGCACCUGGUGUGAAAUCCGCACCGGGGGCCUUCCAGCAGCUAAUGAACAGCACGAUUGCCGACCUCGAAGGAGUGGAAUCGUUCCUGGAUGACGUCCUGGUGUUCAGCAAAACUCAAGAAGAGCACCACAAGUACCUCGCCGCUCUAUUCCAACGACUUCAAGCAUUUGGUUUCGUUCUGCGCGAUGAAAAAUGCUACCUUCUUCAGUUGCAGAUCAAAUACCUCGCCCACAUCGUAGAUGCCGAAGGACUCCAUCCCGCUCCGUCCAAGGUGGAAGCAAUCGUCAAGAUGCCACCUCCCAAGGAUGUCACGGGUCUGCGCUCGUUCCUCGGUGCUGUAAAUUUCUAUGCAUCUGUCAUCAAUACACACUCAAUCAUCUGUCAUCAAUACACACUCAAUGUAAACACCGUAAAAGUGAUUCAAUUUUACUCAUUUACUCUUCGCCUCGUAUUCACUACACUGCUGAAGAAGGAUGCGAAGUUCACGUGGUCCCCCGAGUGCCAGAAGUCAUUCGAGCGAUUCAAGGAAGUGCUACAGUCGGAUCUGCUACUCACGCACUACGAUCCGGCAUUGGAAAUCAUCGUUGCGGCCGACGCGUCACAAUAUGGAAUAGAGGCAAAUUAUGGACAGAUCGAAAAGGAAGGUCUUGCAUUGGUGUUCGCCGUGACAAAAUUCCAUCGCAUGCUGCUCGGACGAAAGUUCACCCUCCAGACAGAUCACCAGCCACUUUUGUGGAUUUUCGGUGGCAAAAAGGGAAUUCCGGUCCAUACGGCAAACCGCCUCCAACGAUGGGCACUGACGUUUCUGUGCUACAACUUUGAAACCGAAUAUGUCUCCACACCGAAAUUUGGAUACGCCGACGUACUCUCUCGUCUAAUCGACAGCCACGUCAAACCCGACGAGGAUUUCAUCAUCGCUUCCAUUCAACUCGAAGAUGACGUCGAGGUACUGCUUCAAGAAGCCAUCAGCUCGCUACCGGUAACAUUCAAGUCGGUGCAAGAAGCUACGUCCCGGUUCCCGUUUCUCAAGCAAGUGAUCCAGUACAUUCAGCGUGGAUGGCCCUCCAACGUGGACAGCAUCACCAGCACAGCAGUUCGGCCAUUCUUCGCCCACCGAGACGCCCUGUCGGUGGUAAAGGGCUGCAUCAUGAAGUCCAACCGUCUGGUGAUUCCGGCAAGCUUCUACCAACGAAUUCUCAAGCAACUCCAUAGAGGACAUCCGGGAAUGGAGUGUAUGAAAACUGUUGCACGUAGCCUCGUGUACUGGCCAAGGAUAGACGACGACAUUGCUGACUAUGUCAAGAGGAAGAACGGCGUUCAGCAUUUCCGUAUCUCGUCGUACCAUCCGCAGUCCUAUGGCCAAGCGGAAAUGUUUGUGGACACCUUGAAGAGGUCGUUACGCAAAAUCAACGAGGGGGAGAACAUCUCCGAAACGCUCCAGACUUUCCUCCAGCAGAUGCUUGGUCGGAACAUCAAGACAGUUCUGGAUCUCCUACACCACGAUCAACCUAAGCCCGUGGUCCACAAUCAUCGCCAGGACGAGCAGUUCAAUCGCAAACAUGGUGCGGUUCCACGCGAAUUCAAGAAAGGUGACGAGGUCUACGCCAAGGUCUACACGAGCAACACGAAGUGGCAGUGGGCUUCCGCGUAA